AGUGGUACAUUUGUGCUCCCAAGCCUUGCCAACCCCGCCUAAGUCUGAGGUCACUGAAGCCUGUCAAGACCUUAACCUUAAAAAGGCAUUCAGCCAACAAGUAAUUUGCUUGUAACUACUUUCUGUUACACGGACAAAAUCUCCCUUCCAGUCCAGAAGGCUUGAAAGCCCACAAAGACCAAGCAUCAAAGAACGGCUUUUCCUAAGGAAAUUUUCACGCGUUCCGUUUACCAGCGAGGGGACUGGCCUGAGGGGACGGACUACAUUUCCCACGAGGCUUUGCGAGGCGCAGCAGGAAAUACGUCAUCCUCGGUGGCCGCGAGAAGGCGCUUGGCAGCCCCUCCAGCAUGGCGGCGGUGCAGGCGCUGCGGAUGGCGGCACGGCGGAGGACAGGGCUCGGCCCCGCGGGGCUCAGAGCGUUCUGGGGCGGCCGCAGGAAGGAGGAAAGAGAAGUGGAAGCAGAUGGAGCAGUUCCUGAGAAGGAGGAGAGGAGCGAGCCCAGUCUGAUCUGUCCCCUGCCACGCAGCCGGAGUUACCGCCCUCCCGAGGGCCUGCAGAGCUGCCUCGAGUCCCACGUCAGGGAGGUCUUUGGGCCCUCUCUUCCCGAGGACUGGCAGCAGACUCCCCUGCAGGAGAACAGGCUGAAACAUCGCCUGCUGGCCCGGCUGGCAGCAGAGCUGGGACACGCUGUCCCCAACUCCCAGCUGCACCAGAUGCGCUGUGCCGGAGACGUCCUGGGCUUCUAUAGCACCCCCGUGAAGGACGGGAGCAAGAUCGAUGAACUCGCGGCCGCAGAGCUGCCCCCGAACCUGAAAAUUGUCUGGCAGCACUGAGUCCCCCCAUGGAGCGUCCCUGUGGCGCCUGGCUUGUGCUGCAGGGCAGCAGCAGAGCCCUCUCGUCGGGGUGAAAUCUGUGAAUUUCACUAAUAAAGGUUCACUGAAAUCUCUUCACUCAGUAGAAGUCUCCAACAGCCCUAUAAAAUCAGCUGCUGUCGAGGCAUCUUGUCCAAUUCUACAAUGUCUGUUAAGAGCGUGUUAAGAGUCUGUUAAGUUUUUUAAGUUUUUAAAUUAAAGGUGUUAGUUUUUCUUCCA